AGGCACUGCUUUUUCAUGACGGUGUCAUGGAUGAUGAUGACGAUCGCCGUCUUCUGGAUAUUUUAGGAGAUGUAGAUGCGUUGAAUGACUAUCUCCAUGGCAGCAACAGCAAGUCUAUUGAGGAGGAUGAUGUAACAAACGCAGCUUAUGGGUCUGAUGGAUCUCUCUUUGGUAAUGACACCACUGGCUCCAACACUGGCCUCAAAGAUGGUUCUUCUACAAUGGGUGAAUUUGGCGAGGAUUCGACCGGGGCAGGCCUCCAACUCUCUAGCAGUCUCUCAUUUAUUGAGGAUGAACUGGGGCCUGAAACCUCCCCUGGAGGGGUGGAUCUCGGGGGAGAGGACCAGCCCUUUGACAUCCUUCAGAAAUCUCUCUUGGAAGCUGAUAUCACUGAGCAAACGCUGGCCCAGGAAGCUUUACUGGACUCGCAGCCUGCUCCCACUCUAGUGCAAGCUCCUGUUCCCUUCUCCUCCCCGCUGGUCUCGGGGAACUAUGGAGGCGGGGUAGGUGUGGUGACGACUGCAACUGCUACGUUCUCUGCAGGCCAGUUUUUGCAAGGCAUGCCGUCACUGCCUAAUGGUUCUGCUCAGCCAAUCCAGGUGUUGGGUCCUUUUGGUGCAGGUGGCGGAGUGAUGACUUUGAGUAGCUUAGAAAGAUCACCACAGAUCGUGCUAAGGCCAGGUGUUUCUGUAGCUCCAGCAGGGACAACAACAGGGGGGCAGGUGUUUGCUCCCACCCAAGGCCAAGUUGGCUUACCUUUCAAAAACAUCCCGCUUCAAAAUAUCAUCAUACAGAGAGGCCCAGGAGGGACCCAGACUGUUGUCAGACCAAUCCAGCCUAAACCCCUCCAACCGGGGUCUCAGACUGUCUACAGCCUUGGUCUUCAGCCUACUCCCACCACCGUGACUAAUGUAGUGAACACUAAUACUGCUGCUCCUGCAGGACAGUACACACCUAAUGGCUCCAUUGUGGUACAACCACCCCUGGAGCAGCAACAAGCGUCUACACUGACAAAUAUAUCAGCCGGACAGUUCUUGCUACCUAGCUCCUUGGCUCUCACUCCAUCUAGCACCAUCCACAAUGGGCCCAUCAACCCCAACUCAAAUCCCCUAAUUACCAGUCAAAACACAGUGCAGAUUGUUGCAGCGCAGAACUUCAAUGCACCAACAGCUGGUCCACUAAUUUUGAAUCAGGGAGUAGUAAGCGGGAAUCAGGUUGGAGGAGGUGUAACUCAGAUGUGGACGGGAGUUUCUUGUGCGAGCUCCACCUCCGUGCAGACACCAUGCGCUCCUGGACGUCUGACUCUGGUUGGCCCGGCUACAACAGGGAUCUGCAAUCAGAGCCAAGCAUCGGCUACUCCCGUGCAGCGCCUUCUAGUGACUCCAUCCCAGAACUGUACUUCUCUGUCCCCUUUACCUGGUAAUGUGACACAGCAACAAGACUACAGACAGAAUUCUUCAUCACCUGCCCUCAAACAAGCACAUGCCAGCAGCAUCCACGCAAUCAAACCCAUGGCACAGGAUUCAAUGCUAAACUCUGAGUUUGAAUUUCCAGUGGAUGAGGAAUUUGAAGCAGCUGCAACUCAGGUGCUGAUGAGGACACAGGGGAUGGUAAACAAAUACAGGCGACUACUGAUGGUGGAAGCUGAGCGUUUCAGUCCGUCCUCAGAAAUGGUGAUGAUCGACAGGACUUUCAACCAAGAGGAGCGCAGCACCUUGAUACAAGACAAACGCACGGUACUAGUGGACCCAGACAGUUUCUUGGAGGAGUUCUGCUGUGGGACGAAAUCCAAACUUUUCCAAGCCCCUUCCCCGCCUCAGCCUAUAUCCAGCUAUAAAUGGAAUGAGUCAGAACAAGGCUCUAUGGAGCCACCAUACAGGACAGACUCCCAGCCUGGUUAUGAAGACCCAGGAGGGAGUGAGCCUGUAGGACCUGGCUCAACAGAGAGACUUCAUCCACCACACUUCGAAAACAAGAACGUGCUGGAAAUGAAGAGAUCCCAGCAACUCUACGGACCCAGCGGCAUCAGCAACAACAGCCUGAUUGCUGCCAAUAGUUGCCCUCUUAAUAAACCCUCACCUUUCCCAGCAUUGUCAGGAGGCCCGACAAACUACCAGGUGUCUCACCACCCUGUGCAGCCUCCAUAUACCCCUCAGCUCACCUCACCCCCUCACCCUGACACAGAUUCUGCUCUUGAGGCGGCAGUCAACAGCAUCCUGGAAUGUUAAGAUGUAUGAACCAUAUUACACCCAAUGUAUGGUUUCUACUUCUUUUUUGUAUGUGCAUUUCUUUUUCUUUUUUUUAUGUCCCCUGUGUGAAGAGAGGCUAACUCUUCUUUCAGGCCUGUGUUCUUAGUGAUACACAGCCAUGUAGCAUGUACGUAGUUUGCUUUGGGUUAUUUUAGGGGGAUUUUAUGUUGAAGUCAGUUAGUCUGUAAAGGUGUUACGUGAACACAUGCACUUACAGUUACCUAUAAAGACCCGGGAAUGUGUGCAAUGCAAUGUACUAACAGAUGCAAAAUGUUCUUUUGUUUAUUUUACAGUGGUAGGGUUUGCGACUGAAUGCAAGAGUGUCCCUCUCUUCACACACUAGUUAAUACUUUUUGCCAGUUUAUUGUUUAUUCCCCAUCCCAUUACCUAUGCCGAACAAGAGAGAUGAGGAGGAGGGACUCUGUGCCUAAUUGUAGGUUUUUAUAUGGAAGUGUUUACAUGAAGAAGCUCUAAAUAUCAGAAAAUCCAUUUAUUUCUGUUCUUUCUACAUCUAAGCACGCAAACAGUUGCUUUUGUACAAGUAGUUCAUGGUUGAGAGGUGUAGAUCUCCUCACAUCUAAGCUCAGUAGAGAUACCUUCAAACAGGCAAGUUGCACUAAACAUACUGUGGCCUAUUUCAGGAACUAUAUAAACACAAGGCUUUAGUCAAUAUGCGGUGUAUGCUGGGCUGAACCGGAUGGACACGUCAAAGAGAACCAAAAUCUUUUUGCCUGCUUUUGUGUUUUCGGCUGCCUGUAACAAGGACAACCUCUUAAUCACACUAGAAGCCAGUUAAACUAGUCCCAUUGACACAUAUGGUAGUGUUACAGUGCUUUUUUUGUGUGCUUAAGUCACCUUUUUCAUUUUCUUUUGUACCUUAAAGGUAUGCAAGUCCCGACACAGACACAGGACAUAUCUGUAGAUCUCUGCCACCUUCAUCAUUUCACAGUGAGUUUGUGUCUGUGGAGCUACGUCCUCAGAUUGAGGAAGAGAUGUUAAAUUUGCUGAACUUUUUUUUUUAAAUGACAUUGAAAGAAACAGGACUGUUUUUGUUUGUUGUUAUGUGUUCCCCAGCGUUGAGAACGUGACAAUACUGUCAGCAGUCUAAAUGACCCAGGAGGGUUAUUGAUUGUAUGUAUGUUUGUUUGCCUUUUGCAUAUAAUUAUAUAUGAAUCAUAUCUUUCUCUCUAUGCUUUACAACCCUGACACGUCAAUGUGUGUGUGUGUGUGUGUGUGUUAAUUGGCAACCAUACACACUGAUUUCCUGUAGUUUGGUAGUGUGAUUGCCAUACUUUUGACUUUAUUGCCAAGCGUUUUCUUAGUUCCCUGGGAUAGUUUUCUCACACUUUCGCUCUUUUCCUUCUCAGCAGCACAACCAAAAUUAUUAGGAGAGACUGUGGUCUCAUCCAGAAUCCCCCUCAUUUGUCUCACCAGCUCUGUGGCUAAUUAUUAAAAAAACCCUGUAGUGUUUCCUCUGAACUCAGAAUGAUUAUGUUUUUGUUUUAUUAAACCAAGACUUAAAAGUCCUAAAUAAUGUCCCUCUACUUCUGUUUUUGCAACAACACAAAAGCCCUGAUUAAAUGCAUUAAAUGCUCUCAGGGUUGAUUCUGGACAGCACCACCUUUCUCCUAUGAGCAUGUAUGUGAAAUAUGCUUGCUAAUAGACUACACAAACAGACUGAAGGCCUUUCAAAUGGGAUGAUAGAAGACCCUUUUUUAAAUUUAAGUGCCAGUGGCCAUGGCAGCCUGUCUUCAUCUCUGCCUCAGCUCUUGCAGACCUCUUCUUUCCGAGAAAAACUGGGCUGUUUGCUUUGAAAGCAAAUCUCAAAUGACAAGUUAGGGUCAAGUGAGAUUUUGCAUUUGCUCCUCCAAGCGACUGCUGCAAGAUUUUGUGCCUCUAUAGCACUUAUAUCUACAAGGAUGUUCACUUUAGGCUUUCAAAGUAGGGACAUACCCAGUGUUUGUAAACCAUUGUGUUAUCAGAAUGCAUAUCAUGGUCUUGAGAGCCUGGUAGGAACAAACUGUGCUUUUUCUCCCCUAUCAUCAUCAGUUUUUUUUCUCUUUUUUUUUUGUGCAGAGAUGCGUUUUCUGCCUUCAUUUUCAUUGUUUGUCCCAUUUGAUUUGUAUAGUUUGUUGUUUUGUAUA